UAUUCAAACUUGCUUGAGAAAUGGUUGAUGGCUGCUGGCGUCCUGGCAGCUCUGAUAGCUGGACUCUGUAUGCCAGCCAUGUUUAUUCUCUUCGGUGAUGUUACAAACGCUUUUGUUUACAAUGACUUGUUAAGUAGCAUUGAUAAUACAACAAACAUUACAUUAUACAUCGGUGAUAUCCCGGAAAAUGUAACAUUGGACGUGGACGAAAUUAUAGAAAUGAUCAAGGAGAAAUACGGAAUUAAGGACUUCUUUGAAGAGGUAGUAAGAUUUGGAGUAGGAACAAUUGUCAUAGGUGCAAUCCAGAUGGUGAUGGGUUACAUAUUUGUGACAGCUAUGAACUAUGCUGCAGAGGGUCAGGUAUAUAGGCUUCGGGGAAUGUUCCUGCAGUCCAUUCUCAAACAAGAAAUUGGCUGGUUUGACACUCACCAAACAAAUGAUUUUGCUAGCAGAGUGACUGAAGAUCUGAACAAAUUGCAAGAAGGUAUUGGAGAGAAGGUUGGCAUGUUCUUGUUCUUCAUGACUAUAUUUCUUGCUUCAAUCAUCAAUGCUUUUAUUCAUGGAUGGGAGCUGACUCUAGUUAUCCUCUCAGUUUUCCCUAUUCUGGGAAUAGCAACUGGUAUUAUUGCAAAGGUUCAGUCAAGUCUGUCAAAUGUAGAGAUGAAGGAAUAUGCAAGAGCUGGGAGCAUAGCAGAAGAGGCAAUCUCUGCCAUCCGAACUGUGGUGGCCUUUGGUGGGGAGAACAAGGAAGUGUCUAGAUAUGAUGCAAAUUUAGUUCAUGCAAAAAAAGCUGGAGUGAAGCGAGGUCUGAUGACAGGAUUUGGAAUGGGAUUAAUGUGGUUCAUCAUUUAUGCAGCUUAUUCCUUGGCUUUCUAUUAUGGAACAGGACUCAUUCUUAAAUCUCGUGAAGGAGAUGGUUCAUUUGAUCCUGCAAAGCUCAUCAUUGUGUUCUUCAGUGUUCUGAUGGGAGCUAUGAAUGUUGGUCAGGCUGCACCAUAUGUAGAAGCCUUCAGUGUUGCCAGAGGAGCUGCUAGUACUAUCUUCGAUAUAAUCGAAAGGAAAUCAACCAUUGAUCCUACAAGUUCAGAUGGAGAGAGACCACCCACUGUAGAGGGAAUCAUUGGUAAGGUUUUUAAAGACAUAAUGUAUAUUUUUUUAAUGUAUAUGUACUGUACAUAUACAAAAAAUACAGGUAAUUCUGACAUAUGCCUUCCAGCAAUUAUAAUCAUUUCUUCCCUGACAAGUUUUUUUUUUCUUCUUCUUUUGCAGGCAGUUCAUGACGAUUUGUAA